AUGUUUCUUCAAUUAAUCGGGGCUUCACUAUGCAAUCAAUCAGCAAACAAUUUGACUGUAAUGUUUUUUUUUUUUUCAAACAAUGAAAUCCUUGGAUUCAUGGCUGAAUGCAAUAAAGAGUUUUUCAGGGCCAGUGGUCGGCUGAAAACGGGACCACUCCAAGCACCCAUUCUUGGGUCUCCUCGAGUCAGCCCGGUACUAGCCCUUUGGCGGAAUCGAAGACGCCGAGAAACACCACGAAGCCCAAAAAUGGAUCUGACAGUUUCUUUCCCAAAAACACCACUUCAAAGCCGACCAUAACACGAAUAUCGACACAAAAAUACGUCCUCCAUCCCGAGGAGGUGAAAAAAGUUCGGGAAAAGUACUCAAAGCAAUCAGGUGAAACUUUUCCUUCUUUUCUUCCUCUCAAACUUAAAAAUUUUCAAAGAAGCGAAUCGAAGAUUCUGGAAAAUUUGUGUUGGUGUUGUGAGUUUUGCUGUGGUUGUGGGUUUGGGACAGAUCAUCUUCCUUUUCCGAACCAAUAUCCGUCUUUCACGAGAGAAAAGUUGGAAUUCCAAAUUUCAAUCGUCGAGUUCUAUUCAUACGGAUUGCAGAAAAUCAACGGGAGUACUUUCGGAGGUCGGCGCAGACUGAGAACAACCAGCGGACCGUUGACGACUUCGAGAAUCGCUUCGUUCCCGAGUUCCUGGUCAGCAGCUCCGUUCAUUUUUUUGUAUUUUUUUUUUUCUGUUUGCGACUUUUCUCAAUGUAGCAAAAACAUCAGAGAAUUCAUGGGUCGGGCGAAGGUUUUUAUCAAUUGGUUUAGCAUUAUUGAAGGUGCUUAUUUUUUUAUUGAUAUAUUUCUUAAUUUUACUUAAUUAAUCAUAAUAUUAUUUUUUUGAAGUUUGUUCAAUGUUUAAGAAACUUUGAACGAGAGGAAAAGGAAUUCGAGGUUUGAGAAAUUUUAACCAGGCGUUAGUUUUUUUAUUUAACUUUCUGUGUAGAUAGGGAAGUUUUUGAGAUCUAAAGGAAGUUUGGCUCAAAAAUCUUUUGUUAGAAACUCGGACCUGGGUAACAAAAACUGGACGCGCUCUGGACGUUUCUGAGCAAUUCGAUGAAUCAAUUAAGAGUUUUGCCGCUACUAUAGUGGUCACUAGAAAUCCCCCGACGUCCGAUUCCCGUUAUCAAGGUGUGAGUAGGCGUAGGCUCGAAAAUUUCUUCCACCAGAUUGUUUUUUCAAAACUAGAAAGAACUGUCCUGUAAAAGCUUAUAUGAGAAGAACGGCAAGGCAGAUUUUAAGUGCUUUUCUGGAGAAUUUCCGAUGGCGAUUUUUUCAAGAACUUUUUCUUAGCAACUCUUUGAAAUAUUAACAUGAAAUAUCAUUUUGAUUUCCAAAAUGGAAUUUCACUGAAAAUCGGUGAGAACACUCCUUGUUUUACAAGCUGAGGAUCCUGAAAGUCUCAACCUGCACAACUUUCUGGUUUCCGAGGAAAGACACCUCGAAAGUCAAGUCAAGAUAAGGAAAGUCAAAUAAAACCUUCAACAUCUUUUGAAAUAUUAUUUUGAAGCUUUGAGACCUUAUUUCUAAAAAACAAGUCGAGACUUCGAGAAUCUUUUUCAGGUAAAUCAAGAAGUUUGUUAGCCAUUUCAGAAAAAUUUCAAACGGCAAGGUAAAAUGACCUUUCAUGUAAGAUUAAAAACGGAUUCGGAAGAGAAUAAACUUCUGAAAAUGGGUAAAGGCCCAAAACUGCAAACAAAGACAGUCCAAAUAUAUCGACGCGAUUGCUGCCAGAAUCAAAUCGCGCAUAAUGUUUACCCUACAGCCUUGGCUGUUCAGCUGCACUGCCUGCUAAAUUUCGGACCGGAUUACACUUUAAACUACUACGAAAGUUUUUUUUUCAAUUUCCCAGAAACCUUUUUUUUUGCAGCCCCACCAGUAA